CAGGAGUUUCCGAGCUGGCGAUAGGCUCCAGGUUUGUGAGACUUAAGACCACCACAUCAAAUUGUGAUCAGGACGACUACCAGAUUCAAGAUGGGGCAGAUGACAGUUGACUGGCUCGUCGGCGGCCUCAAUUUUGUCGCAGGGUGCCUCUGCAUCAGCGGCGCCAUCGUCAACUUUCAAAUGAUGCAAUUCAACCUGAGGACAGCCUACAUUGCCGGAGUCUUGGUGCUCAGCGGCCUCAUUUUCACCAUCUUCGAGCUGUUUCCCUGCCCGGCCUUUUUUCAGAGGCAGAUGUCACACCUCAACACCUACCAAGGCCGUUCCAUCCAUUAUGUGCUUCUCGGGAUUAGCGCAGCGCAGUAUCCGCUCGUCUUUCGGGAGCAAGAACUCGAGUACCAGAAGUACUGGAUGUGGGGGACGGCUAUUGCGCUUCUCCUCGUUGGUCUCCUCUUCGGGCUCCUGGCCAUCGUCAAUGGGUUUCUUCGCUCGUCGAAGAAGAAACUCAUUCCACGACCCAGGAGCAUGGACGUGUCACGGGACACACGAGCCAGCCGAUCCUCCCGCGGAAUGUACUCUCAUCACCUCGGUGCACCAGGGCAGCAGAAGCAACAGCAUGACGCUCCGGUAGAGGUGCUUCCUUCACUCAUGUUCAGAGACAAUGAGCGGUACCAGAGCAGUCGCACUAGGGCACACCGAUCUUCAACCAUCAAGAGCGCAAUCGACGCAACCACCGGCAAGAGGCUUGAUGGAAGUAUGUAUUCGAUUGAUCUCACCCACAUACCCACGAGCCCGUUCAGCUCCUCUGACCGUCCGCGCACGGCACCUGAGCAAAAUUCGUCAUCGCUGCACAGUCAUCAGACCUUUGCGGUAUCGUCUCCCUCCUUUUCACCUCAUUCGUUGAACUCCAACUCGACCUUCUCUUCACCCAAAGGGUCGGCGUCGAGCAUUACGCAGACAUCAUCGUCUCCUUGGUCAACGGGCACCAAGCAUAGUGCUGACAGAGACUAUCCCGCGAAGACCUCGUCCCCACGAUCCGGCUACAGCUCGGCAGGCAUGUACUGUGGUACAGGAGAGAGCUGUCCACCACUGCAGUCGAAUGCAGGAAACAAGAGCCCAAAAAGUCCGGAGGGCGUCUUUUCCGCUCAGCAGCAACAGCAGCAACACAGACGUCACAAUAGCGGUGCGAGCUUUAGCCGCUCUUCUAAUGGUACCAAGGGAGGGAGCAAGAGCACGCCGAUCAUCAGCAGUCCGCUCGCGAAUAAUACGUCCAAUCCGCAGACUGGCAAUUCUUUUACGCCUCCCACCUCCUCGGCCGGAUUGUCAUCCAACAAAGCUCCUUCUUUGUGGAGCGGAGGAGGCGAUAGAGAGACAAGGAAGGCACACAGGAGGCCAGGAAGCUCUGGAAGCGCAAAUACCGCGACAUACGUGAAGGCCGCCAGCAGCACAGACGCCCACCCUUGGAAGCCACCUCAUCUCCAGACAGGCUUCAAAAUGGGCAAGGACGGUUACUACCGGGACCUUAAUGCCGAUGGAGGCGCAGGAAUGGAGAAGGAGAACACUGCAGGUGCGAUUCAUCCGGAAAAGAAUGGCGAGGUGAUGCAAUUGCAACAGUUUGCGGAUUCGAAGAGCAGCACAGAGAACACAGGAAUCCCAAAGUCGCCUAACAGCGAGAUCCUCGCCGCGAGAGUCAUGGAGUCAGCAGCCAGGAAGCGGCGCCAGUCUCGUCGUUCCGUCUACAUUCCCUCCAUCGGCACAAUCGAACUCUCGAGCGAGAGCGAGUCCGGUAUCGAGGAUCUCUUGAGCGAGUACGCUAGAGAUGAUUCGGAUGAUGAGCGAACUCGCCUCCGAAGGACUGGCGAUAGGCAUGGGACAGAAAUGAAAGUAGAGGAAGACGAGAUUAUCAGUGACGACGCCUCUGUCUAUAGCAUCCCUUCGCCUGCCCAAAAGACGCAGAACUUCACGAGCGAAGGAAAAGGAAAGCUUUCUUCGAUACUUUCUACCUCCAACUCCAUGUCCUCACUCAGAAAUGCAGCCGCGUUGACGCGCGAAGAGGCCCUCAAGGUCGGCCGUAAGCUUUCUCGUAGCGAGACGCAGCUGCGCAGAGGAAAGAUCCAACGCGCCAUCAGCAUCAGGCAACAAAAGCUCCAGCAACAGCAGCAGCAGCAGCAGCAGCAGCAGCAAGCGCCGGUUGUCACUUCGAACAAUUCCUGA